UAGACUUUUCGUUCCUUGUUCUUGAUUCUGUUUUUGCGGUUUUUGCUAACGUCUGACGUUCGUCAGCAUUAUCACGUCAUUUUUUGCAAGUGUACAACGUUCGAAGACUGCUCCAAAGAAAAACCGCGAAUUUUCUGUUUGGAAGGAUUUUUACAUAUUUAUUGAAAAUGGAUUUGCCUGCAAAUGGAAGUGGUGGUCCGAGCAUUUUACAACCCUGUUGCACCAAAAAGAAGUUUGAUGACUUCGAGAUGUUGAAAAUGUACACAAUCGCUUACAAUCCAACGCCGACGGAAGUGGAGCUGCACAAAAACCAUUUAUUUGAUUUAAAACUGAAGUGCGCGGCGCUGAUUUCCGAGCUGGAAAACCAGAGGCUCCUGAAGAAAUCAGGUGAAGACCUGAUCUUGCUGGAAAAGCUCAAAGUCUCUGUAAUUGAGAUUGACCUGAAAUACGAAGCAACAACCCUAGCAAGUCGUGAGUGGUUGCAACACAAGCAGGCAGACGGAAGUGUCGGGAAUAAUUUGAACCUUGCUUCCUUUCAACGGCUUGAUCAGUGCUUCGGACAAAGACUUUGCCAACACGCACAGAAUCGUCCGAGCUACUCGUCCCUGCCAGUUGCAAUGAUUAAUCCUGAUGUCCAUACUCAGCAGCCGGCACAGUCCUCAAGUGUUUCCCAAAAUCCUGUACCUCAUUACGUUGGAGAACCAGCUAAUGAGAACAACCAAAAUAUUCAGGACACAACAUCGUCAAACGGCAAUGAAGGCCCAGCAGCGCAAGAAGCAGCUCCUGCCCCGUCUCCCAAAAGCUCCCAAACUCAGAUCGAGAACAGUCGUCGGGAUGAAAGCUGUGAACCUCCAUUGGCUUCCCCUACUCCUGAGGAGGAAAAUACUGGUUUAGUGUCGGACACGAACGUCAGUGAAACCAGUCCUGUCAAGAGUGCAUCUGAGAACUCUCCGCGCCGCAGAUUGUACCGUGUAUUUAAAGUAACGACCGUGCCAAGGAGAGGAAGGAGUCGGGGCUUGACGUCCCCGUCUUCCAAGAAAGUCACAGAUGAGCAGGCUGCUCCAACCUUGUCUUCACAAAUCUUGGCAGAUGAAGAAGACGGUCCUCAAGACGACGAUCAAAGCAUUGCACCGGAGUCGCCAGCAACUCCUGCAGAUGACGGUAAAACUGAUUCGGUAAUUUUACUAACUUCAGAAUCUGGUGAAAGCUCCGAUGAAGAGUUUCGUUCAGCAUCCUCUGAUCAAAUGGCGCUAACCAGCACGAACAAUUCUAUAGCCAGCAAGCCGAGCCAGGAGUCAGCAAAACUCAAAAAUUUACAUGCCAUCAACUAUCACCUUGACCAUGAGAAAUUUGAACGGACGACCGAGUGCAUUAUUUGUGGCAAACACUCGAGGGACAUCACCAAGCACUACAAAAGCCUGCAUCCAAAUUCUGAGGUGCUUAUCUCAAGAAUGUCAGCUGCCGCGUUUAAGAAAGCCAAGAGUGAAGUGCACACGAUGCCUCCGAUGACCGGAACGUUCCAGUGCCGGCUAUGUCCGAUGCUGAUGCGGCGUCUCAACACGUUCAAGGACCACAUCACCUACCACACUGGAGAGUACAAUUAUGGCUGCUCGGCGUGCAACUUCACUUCCCCUAAAAUCGAUUUCCUCGCGGAUCACAAAUACAAACACAAGGGAAUGUUUGGAAAGGUGCCGACCCUGCGCAAGUUGGAUGCGUUCCCGGAGCCGUCAGUGGCCAGCUUCAUUCCUGGCUAUGUGUGUCCUGUUUGCCACUGGGUGCAGCUCAAUAAGGAGAGCGUCCAAAAGCACCUCAAAGAAGCCCACAAACUGACUAAAGGCAUGAAUGCUAUUGUGGUCAAUAUGGUGUCUGCCGUCAAGUCUAAACUGUCUGAGGCCGGCGCUAGCAGGUCCAAGAGGAAGCGCCAAUCCGCUGAUGGUGACGGCGAUUGAAUUUUAGGCCAGCAGAAAUCUUUGGGACUUAAAGAUUUUCUCUUGCAAGCCAGAGAUUUUUCAUCUAAUUUUAAAUGUCUUUUUUUAUAUGAUCCGCCACUGUUUUCA